AUGAAUUCGAGUUCCAAGCUCAUUCUUGGCGUCGUCAUUUUGGCAGUGACCAUUCAGUGGCGACUGUAUUCCCUCAAUCUGUGGCCAGUGGCAAACAUUCUACCCCCAUUGCAACCAUUUCCCUCCAAUGAUUCUCGUCUGACCGGAAAGGUUGAAAUUAUUGGCAAAGGCGAUUUGUUGGGACCCGAAAGCCUGGUACUUGGCAACUAUGCGGGCAAAGAGGUGCUAUUUGCAGGAUUGACGGAUGGUCGGAUAGUUCGAAUUGAGGAGACAACCGAGAACAACAAUCGCAGUGACCUAUCUUGGGUCAGUUUGGUUCGCACUGGGUCGAUUCCUCUCUCCGAUUCGACUUCCUGUGGAAAAGGUUGGUUUGCCGACACAUCCAACACCGAAGCAAUUUGCGGUCGACCUCUGGGGAUGCAGCUGGUCAAACGUUCAACUGUUGAUCCUAGCCACAGUGACGAUUCCUCGACUACGCAGGAAGAUGAAGAUGUCUUGGUCAUUGCCGAUCCGUACAUUGGACUUUUAAUGAUUACUGGAAUCUACGAAGACACUGCAAUGCGCCACAUCCUAGCGACUCGAGCCAAGACCGAUCCCGAAGAUACUCAUUUUCACCUUUUAAAUGGUAUUGUACAAGCACCUGAUGGUUCCUUGUACAUUACGGAAACUAGUCAAACCUUUCAACGACGGCGCAUUUUUUACGCAGCAUUGGAUGGAAAGCCAGCAGGUCGACUGAUGCGGUACACAAAGGAAACUGGACAGGUCGAGGUGGUGUCGACAGGCAUUUUCAUGGCGAAUGGUAUCGCACUUUCCUAUGACCAGAAAUAUUUGAUCGUAGUAGCCGGAGUGCAGGUGCUGAAGUAUUCGCUACAGGCACGGGCGAUGGAGCCAGAACCGUUCAUCUACGCCAUGCCAGGCACUGGUGACAAUCUUCACACUGCAGGUCGGCUACCAACAGGAGAAGUACGAGACUGCUACUGGUUUGGCCUUGGUUCGAAGUAUUCGAGACCCUUUAGCCUGCUUAACGCAGUGUCUGGGCAACCAUUUAUAAAGUCCAUCAUUGGAGCUUUGGUCCCAUACAAAAACUUCGUCGCGGCCAUUCCCAAGUUCUCGGCCCUAGCAGUCUUUGAUGCUGCUACAGGGGACCUAAUUGAAAUAUAUAGGGACGUAACCAAUGUGGCACCUUGGCUAUCAGAAGCAACGAUAUUUGGUGAGUAUCUCUAUUUGGGAUCUUGGUUCAACAACUACCUUGCUCGUGUCAAAGUGGAAGAUUUGAAGUAUAAUUCGAGUAGUCUAUCUUGA